CCGGGCAGAUGCGGCGGAGCGCGGGGCGGCUGUGGCCCGCAGCGGGCUCCCGUCCCCCCGCCGCCCCCAUGGACGGCAGCGGGGGCAGCAGCAGCCGCGCGUAGCUCGGAAGGCAUGCCCCAAACGCUGAGUUCUACCAGUAUGUUUACCCCAUGUGGCUUCAGCCCUCAUCUACAUACUUCAAAAGAAGGUGAACAAGGAGGACUGAUCUUCCAGGAUGGAAACCUUACCUCAGCAUCUCUGGAUGCUCUAAUCCAGCAUCUGAUACCUACCACUGAUUACUACCCUGAAAAAGCCUAUAUCUUUACAUUCCUGCUGAGUUCCAGACUCUUCAUCGAGCCCCAUGAGCUUUUGUCCCGAGUUUGUCACAAGUGCAUUGAGCAGCAGCGGCUGGAUGACCCUGUGCUGGACAAGGCUCGAAUCAGAAAAUUUGGACCCAAAAUCCUACAGUUGUUGACAGAGUGGACAGAGACAUUCCCAUAUGACUUUCAGGAAGAGCGGAUGAUUGGCCAUCUGAAAGACAUGAUUCACAGGAUAGCCCCAUGUGAUGAGGCUUACUGGAAAAAGAUGAAUCAGCUUUUGCAAGCCCUUAAUCAGAAGCUUGCAACCCUCAGCCAUGGGCAAGAAGGGAUUGUCAAGAUCAGUACUGCUGUCUCUGAUAAGCUGGUUGCCUUUAAAACUAAACCUCCAUCAAUUCAGAGAGAAAUCCUGAGUGUCUGCAGUGACCCUUACACCCUGGCUCAGCAGCUGACACAUGUGGAGCUGGAAAGACUAAGUCACAUUGGACCCGAGGAGUUUGUGCAGGCGUUUGUACAUAAGGACCCUCUGGAUGGCACCAAGACUUGUUUCAGUGAACAGAAGAAGACAAGUAACCUUGAGGCCUAUGUGAAAUGGUUCAAUAGACUUUGCUAUCUCGUAGCAACAGAAAUUUGCAUGCCUGCAAAAAAGAAGCAGCGAGCACAAGUGAUCGAAUUCUUCAUUGACGUUGCCCGAGAGUGCUUUAACAUAGGCAAUUUUAAUUCACUGAUGGCAAUCAUUUCUGGAAUGAAUAUGAGUCCAGUUUCCAGGCUAAAGAAGACUUGGUCAAAAGUGAAAACAGCCAAAUUUUUCAUUCUCGAGCACCAGAUGGACCCUACUGGGAACUUCUACAACUACCGGACAGCGCUGCGGGGAGCUGCCCACAGGUCCCUCACCGCCCACAGCAACAGGGAGAAGAUUGUGAUCCCCUUCUUCAGCCUAUUGAUCAAAGACAUUUAUUUUUUGAAUGAGGGAUGUGCUAAUCGCCUUCCAAAUGGACACGUCAACUUUGAAAAAUUUCUGGAACUGGCUAAGCAAGUAGGAGAAUUUAUAACAUGGAAACAAGUGGAGUGUCCAUUUGAGCAAGACCCUAACAUCAUCCACUACUUGCACACUGCUCCCAUUUUUACUGAAGAUGGUUUGUAUCUGGCUUCCUAUGAAAGUGAAAGUCCGGAAAACCAGACAGAAAAAGACAGGUGGAAAUCCUUAAGAUCCACUAUCUUAGGAAAGACUUGAAGAUUGAGAGAUUAUUGCAGUAGGUCAAGGAAAAGAAAUCAGCAAACAUUUUGCACUACUGAUUCCAAAGAUGCCUGUUUGGGAUUUAGACAAUUUCUUUUGUUUGAGUUUUUUGUUGGUUUUUUUUUGUUUUUUUUUUUGACUGCCUAACAUGAUGGAUGAACUGGAUUCAUCCACUGAAAUCAAGAGAACUGUGUGCACCAUGAUGCUUUUCUAACUAUGAGACAGAGAGAGGACGGACAAACUGACUAUUUGUGGCUGUGCCCAAACUGCGUCAGGAUCACUGUAAUUUUGCCUCUGAAGGAAAAUGCAAGAAAACCAGGAGCAGAGAGAAUCAUGGUACUGCAACAGAGAAUGGAAAAGUGUAAAAAAGGAAAGUGAAAAUACACAAGAGUAUUUCAGAAGCAGGUGCUUCAGACAGCAGUUCUUUAAACCUCUGAGGAUUGUAAAAUUAAAUCAAAGACAGACAACAGCAAUCUGGUUAAUUGCUGAAUGAAGAAAAACCCUUAAUUUUGCUUUAGCAGUCCCCCAGCCUUGUUGAACAAAGCACUGACUGCUGCAGGUUUGAGCUUGCAGGGAUGAGGACUGACACUGCUCACAGGUGUCACACACAGGACAGGUCAGCAUGGGCCGUGGUGCUGAGCCCGUGGGUUUGUACAGCCAGCCUGGAGUGCGGCUCGCGCUGCGUUAAUCCUCCCACCGCUCCUGUUGCUUUCCUUACUGUGAAUCUGGGCCAGUCUCAGAGGGCACAGAGGGUUGAAGGUGCUGCUUAAAGACACUUCCACCACCUCUGAGGUUGAAUGAAGAAGCAAAUGACUCUGGACUCAACUUACCUCUAUUUAAUGUAUGUAGUGUAUUCCCUAAAUUUAUUGAUGCUGAGUUGCAUCUUUUAAGGGGUUUUAUCACACUCAAAGUAAAAAGGUACUGCAUUACCAUUUCUAUCAGGUUCCAAUUAACACAGUACUGUUUAUUUUGUAACAUGAUACUUAGGAGGAUGGGGGGUAAUUGCUCUGAACUUGGGAACUACAUGGCAUGCUUUAAAAGGACAAAGGGUUUCAGACUGGAAUGAAUGCACUAAAGAAUUUGUCAUUCAUGAGCAGAUAACCAUUUUUGUCUUUUUUACUUUUAGGAUGUAAAGUUCACCAUUUCCUUACAAAUAACAUGAAAUAGGGACUAUGUCUUGUGUUUAAGGCUGUACAAUAAUCAAGGUGCUACUGUAAGAGAUACAUUAAACAAUAAUGAAAUAUAUUAGAUUCAAAACUAAGCCCUAACAGUAGACUUAUUGUCUGUGUGUUGAAGGAAUGUCCCUAACUGCCCCAGAAAAUAUCUCAAAAAGCUUAAAUGAAACCUAAAUGCCACAUCAUACUGAACUUUGCAUUUUUAUUACUGACUUGGUGCUACCUUUUCAGAUGUUCCUACAACAGAAGGAUGUAACCCUUUCAUUGAAAUCAGUAAUAAUUUUAUUUCAGCACAGAGUGAUUCCAAGUGGCUGUAGUGUUUUGAAAAAUUAGGGUAAUCACAAAACCUGGCUGUGUUGGCCUAUUCAGCCAGAAAACUGGAACUGUUCCUGCCCUCUGCUUGGCCUCACAGUUGUGAGUGCCUGAGUGAGCUGUUGGCCUGGAGAGAUUGGCAGGCUGAUAUUUGAGGGCAGCAACCUGAGAAUGCUCUGUGUGGUGCACUCCAGGUUUGAUGUGUCUGCAGAGUGGUUCUGUGUUGGGUUAUGGCAUGUGGGAGCCCAGUCUGGCUCACUGAAUCCACUUGUGCUUGUUGAGCUGAGCAGGAUGGAUUCUUCUGGAUUUGGAAACAGGGCUUGAAGCAGAACUUCAGAUCUCCUUUUCCUGUAGAUCUAUCAGCAUAUGAAUUCAGACAGAGGGGAUAUAAAACUCUAAUGUGUUUAUUUGAGCUUUGUGUGGAAGAAUUAAGUGUAAGGAUGGUACAGCAUCAUUGCAGCCACAGAAUGAUGACUGUUCUGCUGAUACUGUGAAUCUGCUGUUUGUUAAUUUUGUACAUGAGCUGAGAGCUAUGCAGAGAAACUAUACACAUACAGCUGUUCCUUCAGGCAGAACCAUUUCCAAAAUGAAGCCAUUAAAAGCCUGUUAAAUUUCAGAUGAAUCCAGAGCAAUAACCAUAAACAUAUCUACAACAAUGCUAAUGUUUAAGUGUGUUUGCUAAAUGGUCAUUUUUUGUUACUAUCUGCAUAUUUUUAACAGGCACAGUGUGACUUCACAGUGGAAAUAUGGGGGGUUGCUUAUCUGAGACCCUGUGCAGGUGGAUGGGCCCUUUCUUAAAACUUGCUUUUUAAAAUGGAAAUCCUCACUCCUUUUCUAGUGAGCCACUAGAGGUUGGUACAGAUGAGAUUAUAAAACAGUGAUGAUUAAUUAGAAUGUGAUUUUUUCAUUAUAAUUCCUUAUAUUUUGGGGCACCUUCCAUGAAUUUGGGCAAUUUUGUAAGUACCAGUUAAAUUAGAUCUCCUAAAGUUUAUCACUGUUGCACACUAAACCACUUUUGUAGUCCAAAACUUUCAAACCUCAGUGCUUAAAAUAAAGGUCAGAUUUAGGCGGGUAUUAAGGGCUUAGUGGAACUGCCAGAGGCACUAAAUUAUUCUUUAGCCUUUAUUAGCCACACAUUGAAAAGGUCUUUUUUCAGAGGUGCUAAACAUCCUCAUCUCUUGGGGAGCAGCGCUUUAUAGAGGUGUGUGGCACAUUAAAGUAGUAUUUUAUCUCCAGAGACACUCACUGCUCUGCAAAAUGACUUGGAGAUGAGAGUGCAAAACAGCUUCAAUGAGAAGGCAGUGCUUUUUAAAAACGGACUUCUGGAGCCAUAGCUUGUCUUCACAUUAUUUUGUAGCUAAAUCCUAUUUAAACAGAAACAAUGUAAGCCUUUAGUUGCAGCUGUUGGUUGCAUUUCUAAUCCAUCUUGGCCUAACCAGGGUGAGCAGCUCCUGCCUGGCAGGAGCAGGGUUAGAGCCUUGCUUCACCAAUAAGCACCAGUGCAACUGAAAACAAAAAAAUGACAACUUGGGCAAUAGAUUUCUUCUAAAAAUGCAUUAAUAUUACAUGAAAGUGAGAACAUAAACAUGUCUGGUAAUCCAUUUCUCUUGCUAUAAAGGCAUAAAGAACUCCUGCCAUGCUGAGAAGAAAGUGUCACUUCCCACUAAGCACUCAACCACUGUAAGGCAUGCAGUCAUUAGACCAACAUCGAGACAAAUUACUGGUAGUAAUGUUAUGGCCUUGUAAUUCUGCUUCUUUGAGUGGAUUCACUCCCCAGCAGCUGCUUGAACUAAUGCUACACAGAGAACAGAGCAAAACUGGACCUGUAGGUCUGCAGCUGUAUCAAACUUGGUAUCAAACCCUUAAGCUGGUAAAGAUGAGAAUAUGACACAGCCUUGCAGAAGCAUUAACUUAGCUUCUGCUAUGAAGCAGUAUUUUAGAAGACCCAAAUACAUGAAAUCACUUCUGCAUCUCCUCCAGUGUAAUCAGAAAAAAGCAAAAGCACUCUGUGCACUAGAGUACCCUGAUGAAAUUGUCAUUAUUCCCUCUCUUAGGGAAUGAACACAAUCCUGUGGUACAUCUCUGGAAGCUCCCCAUGUGGAUAGAGCUAACUGUGAUCUCAGCUUCUGCUGAGGUGUCACUUUAAGAAAGUGUGGACAGCUGCUAAAGCGCUUCAAAUAAGAAACAAUUUAAAUGUAGAGAUAUUUUUCUCAGCUUGAGAAUAUUUUAUGAUGUGGUCAGUGGUGAUAAGAUAAUCACUCACUUAAAAUUAAGCCUGUCCCUUCCUGAUAUCUUGGUUAUUUCAUCAUGUUUUAUUGCAAUAGGAUAUGCACCUUUUCUUAAAGCACAUGAGCACUGGUUUGCACACAACUGUAAAUCCAGUUUAGAACAGAACUUAGAUCACUGAACAUGUAAUUGGAAUUAUCAGCUGAAAAGACCUGUUAGUAGAAAAGAUAGGUAUGCAUAUCAAUGUAAAAAUGUUACACAGUUAACUGUGUCUGGCCUAGCAAUGAUUGUGUUCCGUGGAAUGAGACUGAUUCCAAGCACAGCAACGUGCCAGAGGAAAAACUCCAGUUAAUUUGAUGGGCUUUGGAGCAGUCCUGCAAUUAUUAACUGUAGUACAGUUUUUAGUUAUUCAUAGGUAUUAAACUGCCAGCUGGUAUAGUCUCUGUGCCAGGUGGAACUCUCAGACAGGAGGUGCGCUUAGUAGAGUGAACGUCCAGCCUUUGCAAAAGUUUUCUUUGACAUUGCUGAAGUUUCAGCAGCAAAAUCAAGGACUAAAUCUCAUCCGUAAGUUAAUUCAUGCCUGAGAGCAAAAUUUGAUUUUCUGGCUUUAAGAAUCUUUUUCUCUUUUUAUACUGGUAGAAAUUUUCAUACUGUCUCAAAUUACUCUCUCACUGGAAAUUAAACCCCCUUUGUGAACUGAUUAUUUCCAUUGUUGUAGGUGCAGAAUGGGGUUAGGGAGUGACAAGGAAACAAGGAAAAGCUCCUUUGUUACUGCUCAGAGAUUCAACUGUGGGGUAAAGCUGCCUUUUCUUUUGUCCUUUGUAUUACCUGUCGAGUAGAAUUCUCUCUGCAGGAGGUGCAGGCACCCCUGAAUGUGGCUAGUGAACAGCUCACAGGUUGUACCCAGCUCAGGGUGGCAGCACAGGCACCACCAGGGACACAAGGGGUGAUGGGAUGGUCCUGGCCAAAGCUGAGUGCAGCCACAUCUGAGCCUGCAUCUGCUUGGCGAUGCUGGGACACAUCCCUUUUGAGAGAGAGGAAGUUCUUGGAAGUUCACCUGAGGCAAAGCCUACUAUACUUCCUUGUCUACCCAAUAGAAUGAUUACAAGAAAAUUCUUUGAACUAAAAGAGGUUUUCUCUUUAAAACAGUGAAGAAUUGUUACUUAGUUGACAGAGAUUUUAAGAUCUAAGAAAAAUAAGUAUUUUAAAAAUUAUGAGAAAAAAUAGUUUGAUGGUUGUUAACUUUUAUAUUUCACUGCAUGGCAGUAGAGAGAACAAAAUAUCUUCUAUUAAUAUCAAUGGCAGCUGGGCAGACAAAGGCAGGAGAGAAUACAGUGAAAUACUGGUGCAGAAAAUGUUAGCAAUAAUUUUGUUUUAAUAUUGGCUAGAGUGUUCAUUUCCCUGAAAUCACUGCUCCCUGCUCUGCAGCACUUACCUUUUUAGAUGGAACAGAUCUGAAGUUUAAUCUGGUUUUUAUUAAUUUCUUUUACAAUUCUUUCUGCAUAUUUUCAGAUAUGCAAAAGAUACUUAGUACAGUAAAGCUAAUGCUCAUACAAGGCAUCACAUCCUGCAUUGUUACAUUAUGCAAGUGUAGCUGGGGAGCAGAUAGCUUGUAUGGCUGGUAUUUCAUACACUCUGCAUGGGUGCAAGACCCUGAAACUCAGGCUGUAGCUUCAGUUGCAGAAAAAAGCUAAGUACGAGUAACUCCUAGCUCUUCUGCCCUGCUGCAUGGCCAGUGCAGGCUGUAGUGCUGUAAAUUCAGAGUGGCUUGGACUGCUCACUCCUCCCUUGAUGCCUUUCCCUCCACAGAAGUGGUAUUUUGCUCCAUAAACAGCUCUUACAAAAUGCCAAAGGAACAUUUUUCUAGCUCUCUGCCAUACAAAAGCUCUGUAUUCAUACUCCAGAUCUGUCAUAACAGAAUAGGAGUCUUUCCCUCUUUUCAUCCCCAUGGUCUUAAAACUGCCAACCCAGAUUAAUAUUGCAGUGUAGCAAUGUUCCCAGGCCUCCUAGAAUGCAGAAGACUUAGGAGUUCAGAGCUCAGAGUCCUGCAAGUUAAAUGUUUGUAAAGGAACCUUUUUGUAAAGGAACCUUCCUUCUAAAAGGUGCAAAGCCCCAUCUGAUGGAAUUCUGAACAGAAAAUUCCAUAUUCCAGCAAUCUUUCAGAGAAACAUAACUUCUUCAGUGAACUAUUACUGGUCAGUACUAUACCACUGCUUUCAUUAUUAAAUUAUGCUUCUAAAAUUCCAGUCUUUUUGAAAUGAACAUAUGAUUUUUUUUUUGGUGAUUGGUCUGUGGGCAAACAGAAUAGAGAAAAUGGGGGCUGUACUUUAGACUGUUGACAUCACCUGUAUUUCUUUAGCAGCCCAAAUUGGGUUAUCAUUUACUGUCUGUCCUUGCCUUGAACCAGAAGGAAUUGUUGCAAUACAAUAGUCAAAAUUAUUAAAACUUAGUGAAAGAUGCACACACAGAGCUAUUAAAUUCAAGUGUUUCAAAGUCUGAUUCUUAUAAAUAUACAAGUACUUCCCUUAGGGGUCUGUCUGUAAAAUCACCAUUACUAGUACAAAAAAACAGAUGGAAAAUAAAUUAUCCUCUGGGUUUCAGAACUCUUAGUAAGCAUUCAUCAGCUUGUAAUGGUGAAAGAUUGUAUUUCAAGGUUGGUUUUUUUCACUUUUAGCAACAGUGACUAUCAACUACCUUAAACCUAAACUCCAAGAACAUAGUAUUCUAAAACUAUUAGAAUGAUACUAUUUAGCCACAGACCUAAAAGCACAGAGUAAAAAUGGGUAAGCAGAAUUGUCUUUAUUUUCAGACUGAGAAACUCAAAGGUUGCAUGACAGGCCCAGGGUUACCUGGGAAGCACAUCCUUUCAAAAAAUUAUCCCAAAAAGAUAUCCAAAUUUUAGUGUUACAUUUCUUCUGGUGUUACUCCUUUUUACAACUGUGCUUAGACAAAUGAGAACUAAAUUAUCACUUUGAGUUUUAAAAAGAAUCAAGCUGAGAAAUAAAUAUGGCUUAAAAGAGUGGUAUAUAUUAAUCAUGUGAGUGAUAGCAAUGAGGAACUGUGCUUUUCCUAUAUCUUUUUCAUUAAAUUAAAAAAUUCAUGUUGUGAUUAGCAUUUUCAGGUCAAAUUGAAAUCCCUCUACCAUAGAAUCAUAAAACUGUAGAAUCAUUUAGGUUGGAAAAGACCUUUAAGAUCAUCGAGUCCAACUUUUAACCCAUCCAUUAUACUCAAACCAUGUAGCUUUGUUAGAAAUUCCCAGAACAAAUACCAACACUUUAUUAAUUCCACAGGCAGGAAACAGUAAAGUUACUUGAAAGUGGCUGUUAUGAUUUUGUGACUGUACAUAGAUCUUGCAAAAUGUAAUUGGUAAAAUGCAUCCUGUAGCCCACAUCAACACUGCGAGAAUAGCAUGGUCAUUGUUACGCUUUAUAGCUGUUGUGGAAAAUGUCUUAACCUGCAUUCAUGAUGAUAGUGCCCAUCCUACCCCAUGCCUUUUUAUACACUUGUGGAAAGAUUGUUAUGAAAUCCUUUUGUCAGUCAUGUUCCAGCUAACUUACCUAUGUAUAGAAUUUAUAUAUUAAACCCCCCUAAUUUAUACUGUGUUUUAACAGUUUGCCUGAACUGUCUAUGGUUUCUAAAUUUUGUAAUGUGAGUGUCAAAUAAGAAUAAUAAUUAAAAAAAAAAAAAGUUUGGCUUU